UGAGUCAUUUGAUAAGUAAUAAGUCUAAACAUAGCACAAGUCGAUAACCCGCCAUUAUACAGUAAAACAAUCCAGUCAACUAGUAAGUAAAAUAAACGACACAAUGGAAGAAAUAUACGAAGAAUUAAAUAUUUAUACAAGCACAGAACAUAUAAUAAAUGAAGAAGAUUAUAUAGUGAAAUCGAUUGGUGCUUUUGGUGUAUGGCAAACCGGAGUCUGUUUAUCCGCGAUAUCAGCAAGAAUGCUGGCUAUGUUAAACAUAUUCUCUAUGUUGUUCCUGAUACCAUCAAUAGACUUCAAAUGUAUAGAUCCAGUGUUAACGGAAAAUAAUAGUUGUCAUGAUGAUUGUGAGCUGUAUAGUUUCGAUAACGAAGUGUUUGAGCAGACAGUGAUCUCUGAAUUUGGAUUGAUUUGUGACGAUGAGUGGAAAGGAAGUUUUAUUCAAACGAUAUUGAUGUUUGGGUUGUUGUGUGGUGUUUCGCUGUUUGGGUGGAUUUCUGACAGAUAUGGACGCAGAACUGCUCUUCUAAUCUGCACCUACACUAACAUAGCCCUAAUGCUGGCAGCACCGUUCUCACCAAACUAUUGGUCAUUCGUCACUUUAAGAUUUCUAAUUGGCAUACCUUCCGGUGGCACUUUGAUUGUUGGUAUCGUCUACAUUAUGGAAAUUGUCGGCCCCAAACACAGAGAAGUUGUAGGCACAUUAGCUUUGCUUCCAGAUGGUUUAACCCAAGCUUCGUUAUCCCUCUUUGCGUACUAUACAAGGAAUUGGAGGAUAUAUUCAUUAGCAUACACUGCUUUGUCAGUUAUCCCAUUCGUUCUUGUGUUAUUUAUACCAGAGAGCCCUAGAUGGUUGAUCUCAAAAGGGGAGCGUGAUAAAGCGUAUGCUGUAAUGCUAGAAGCUGCUGAAAGAAACAAAUUAGACACAUUGAAUAUCAGAGAAAAUAUAGACAAGGCACUAUCAGAGAUGAACUACAAAAAUACCUCUAAAAAACCAUGCUACUUGGAUUUAUUUGGAACUAAAGAGUUGGCUUUCAAAACAUUUGCUUUGGCCGCAAUUUGGACGUCGGCGGGGGCGUGUUUUCUGGGAAUCAACCAAUAUAUUACCUUUUUGGGGUCCAAUGUUUUUAUUGCCGUUGCUUUAUUGGGAUGUAUACAAAUACCAAUAUGUCCCAUAGCAAUAAUCUUGAACAAGAUGUUCGGCAGGCGAAUCAUUAUCGUUGCCUCUCUCCUCACAACCGGGCUCACCAUGAUUGCCCUGCUCUUCACACCGCAAGGCCACGCCGCUUGCAUCAUCUUCAGCGUCAUUGGUUUCGCGUCUGCCACUAUAAUCUUUUGUAUUAUCUAUAUUUACACUUCUGAGCUGUUCCCCACUUCACUAAGGAAUAUGGGGUAUGGUAUGACAUCGGCUGGGGCUAAAAUUGGAGCAAUGGCUGCACCUUUCAUAGCAUCUAUCAAUCCACAUUGGAUACCGUCGUCUAUAUUUGCAGUAAUUUCGUUUUCUUCUUCUUUUGUUUGUAUAUUUUUGCCAGAAACUAAAGGAGUUAAUUUGGAUACGUAGUUUAAUGUAUAUUUUUUAUGUUUGUAAGUUAUAUUAAAAUAAGGUUUGUAUAAUUUCUCAAAGGAAAUAUUUGAUAAUACAACGUUUGCGUAUAUUUUGUUUUGUAAUUUACGUUCUUUAUAUAAUUUAGUUUAUUCUCAUUCAGUUGUCAUACGCCUAAUGUUUAUACUAAAAUUAUAUAAAUAGCCACACGACAAUUAUUGGCAAAAAAAUUUCAGAUUUUAUAUUAAAAAAUUAUCGUUGGGACGUGGUAAUGCUAAAUUUUAAGUCAGCAUCAACAAUCCAUAAUUGAAAACCGAUUAGCAAAGCUCAAUGACUACUCUAAAUACUAAACUUAAUACCUACAAGUAAUUUAUUGUAAUAGAAAAACUAGACAUUCAGUAUUAUAAUGGAAAAUUGCUAAAGUAAAAUAACUUAAUUUAUCACACAUUGGCGCAGGUACUUUAAAUUAUAUUAACAUCAUCAAGCCUACAAAAUAACUAUUCAAGCCAAUUGCAGUAAUUCUAAGCAAAUUAAAAUGGCGUUAAAAUACAACCGUCAGACAUAAAACUAAGGUGAAAAUAAAUACUACAUAAUAUGUGCAAUUAACUCGACAUACAGUCUAAGGGACUCAUUUUGUGUAGGAGUCCUACAAUCAGAAGUCACAUAGGCAUAUUUUCAUGUUAUUUAUAAUGUUUUAUUUGAAUUUAUUUUGUACAUUACUUUGUUAGAAUUAUUGUAUUUGGUCAAUGCUUCGAGUUUAUUUUUUAUUGAACGUAAGUCGAUGAGGAUAUUUGUAUAGCUUGAUCAGGAAAAUAAAAAACCUCGCCAUCUUGUGGAAAAAUAUGGAAAUAACUUCUUAAAUUCUGAUUCUUAAAGCAAAAGUGGCGCCCACACAGCAAGUAUUUUAUUUUUCUACCAAGACUACACACAGUAGUGUACUAUUUCUCAGCAUCAAGAGGACAGCGUGCUAUGCUUAAAGAGCCAAGUAUAAACACAUUCAAUAAUGAAUAAUAAUAACGAAGUUAUUGGUGUAAGUGAUAUGGAAUUUGCAUUGUACGUACAAAUAAUUGAAGUUUAAUUUCAUUCAAUUUAAUUUAAGUCAUUUGAAGACGUAAAACUAUCAGCAUGUAUACAUUCAAAACAAUAAUUACUGUCCUCCAAUUACGAAUCGUCAACAUCAAUCACAACGAAUCAAACAUCAACUAUAACAGUGCAUUCUCUACCGUCGCGUCCUGGGACUUAGUUUAUGAGGGUAAGACACGCGAUGCAGUCGUAAGGGUAUUGAAUUAAUUGUACGUGAUGUGAACAUGAACGCUUAGAGUUAAAUUAAGGCUGAAUAAGGAUAGCCUGGUGGUAGCCAUGGAGACUAAUAUCUAUUUAGACUUGCAAAAUGUGUGAUGUUUUUACUUGUGACUAAACAUUAAGAUUACCUCUUUUUUGUUGCUUUGAAUGACGAGACGAGCUUGCCGUUCGCCUGAUGGUAAGUGAUAAGAUCACUCAUAAACAGUAAAAACACCAUCCAACACCUUGAAAAACAAAGUAUUUCACUGCCCUGACCAUCCUGAGACAUGAGAUGUUAAGUCUCAUUAUGUCCAGUAGUUAGUUACACUGACUACAAUGUUCUUCAAACUGUAACACAACAGUGACUAACACUGUUACUUGACGGCAGAUAUAGACAUUACGGUGGUACAUGUAUACCCAGGCAGAGUCUCACAUAUGAGACCUACCACCAGUAACUACCAGUCCCCCCUUGGUCCAUAAUUUAACUUAUAGAAGGUAACAUAAUUUAACUUCACCUUGUGAAAUAUUGAAAAGGAUUUAUUUACAUCUUGUAUUAAUUCUAAUGGCGAAGUUUAAUGGCUUCUUAUGUUUACGCGAAUGUUAGACAUUGAAAUAAAACUAUUUAUUUCUUU